AUGGACAAGAAGAACGAGAUUGAAAUGGAAGGCUUUGAGAACGACAAGCCGGGAUCCUCCCAAGUUAAGUGUCGCCAGUCUGUUCUUGCGGCCACCGCUUGUUCUUCCGCUGCCGUCCUCGUCGGGUUCGGCCUGACCCUCAUCGGCUCCAUCAUCGCUAAUAAGGAAUACGUUAAAUCCUUUGGGGUUUACCAUUCCCAUACCGGAGCGUGGACGCUGCCAGCGAGCCAGCAGCUAGUCUGGACCAUUGUCCAGUUUAGCGCAGCCUUUCUCGGUGCCUUUGCAGCAGGCCUGGGAAAUGACAAGUUUGGUCGUCAGAUUCUUUUCUACGUCUUUAUUGCUUUCACUACUAUCGGCACCACUAUAGAACUGGUGUCACCUAACUGGAAGGUCUGGGUUGUUGCCAAAUUGUUCAUGGGAUGGGCCACGGGUUCUAUGUGGGCCUGUACACCAACCUAUGUCUCCGAACUCGUCCCUCAGCAACUCCGAGGUUUUAUGCUGGCUCUCUUCCAAUUCUGGAUCAUGUUGGGCUCCUUUCUAGCAAGUUGCGUCUUGGAGGGAACGAGCAGGAUCGACAACGCAUGGUCUUGGAAGACCGCCGUUGUUUCGCAGUACGGCAUGGGAGUAAUUUGCCUUGUCUCGUUCGUUUUCUUCGUUCCGGAAUCGCCAUACUAUCUUAUCAGAAACGGCAAGAUCGACAAGGCUAGACAUGCUCUCUUAACACUUCGAAAGAGCGAGCCCGACUAUAACGUGGAUCUGGAUAUUGAGACCGUCACACAGACCCUGGCGUACGAGAAGGAAUCCUCCCAGUCUUCACCUUCUUACUUGGAAUGCUUUCGCGGUAGCAAUCUACGACGUACACUCUUGGCAUGCCUGCCACUCAUUAUGCAGCAACUUGCCGGCUACCAACUCUGCGGCGGCUACCUCGCCUAUUUCCUCACCCUCUCGGGACUGAAGAGUCCCUUUGUCAUUACCGUUGUCUCUUUCUUCCUCGGAAUGAUUGCAGUUCUUGUGGCAUUUAUCUUGAUCGAAAAGGUCGGACGGCGGACGCAGUUCCUCGGUGGCCCCUUUGGCAUGCUUCCGUGCCUGGCAGCCAUCGCCGUCUUGGGCUUCAAAGGUGUGGGAACUACCGCAAAUGGAAACAGCCUAGCAGCAUUCUCCAUCAUCUGGAACAUUCUAUAUUUCCUCUCUCUCGGAGCGGUGGGAUGGACUAUCACGGGAGAGAUGUCUUCUCUGCGCCUACGCGCCAAGACAACGUCGAUUGCCGCCGGAGUCAACUCGCUCCUCAGUCUGGCGUCUUCUGUUGGCAUUCCCUAUCUGCUCAACGCCGAAGAACUCAACCUUGGCCCGAAGGCAGCACUUUGCUUCUUGGUUCCCAGCGUGUUCCUCUCGUUACUCGCUUACUUUGUGGUUCCUGAGACAAAGGGCAAGUCCUUUGACGAGCUGAACCGUUUGUUUGAGGCUAAAACACCCGCAAGAGAGUUUGUCUAA